AUGGACAAAGCGAAGGAAGAAGCUGGUGGAGACAGUAAAGGAGGAGGCACAAGAACUGACAACAGGAGAAACAACCGUGGGUUCAAUACGGGUAAGAGAGCGAGAGGGUGUGUUGUGGACAACUGCCCAGAGGAUCAUCCACCGUGGGUUUGCGAAGCAUUUAAAAGGUUACCAGUGACUAAACGGAAAGAAUUGAUAACAAAAAGCGGAUGUUGUUUUCGUUGUCUGGCGUCAGGUCAUCACAGUAGAAGAUGUUCUAGAACUGUGCCCUGCGGUAUUGAUGGUUGCAAGAGUGACACUCAUAGUAGGUAUUUACACCAGUCUAACAGAAAUCCUACGGAUAACGAAAGUAAUAACAGUAAUCCCCCGAAUGGAGCUGAACAACCAAACGAAAAUGAGAACGCUACUAGUUCUACCUUUACAACCAAUCAAAUCGAUAAAGUGUCCUUGA